ACCGGCGUAAAGCCAGAAGUAUACUUGGGCAAAGAUCGUCUAUCGACACCUAGUAGUAGGGUAUCAGGGCAUAAGGGGAAUAUCAAACACGCAAAAACCGAGUGAAGAGAUGUAUGAGGUAUGGUAGCGCUGAAUACAGGGUGAUAAUGGGAAAAGAGUACUGCAGCUAAGCACAAUGCGCAGAAAACAAAGAUCUGCUCAAGGUAGGUGCACGUUAGCAAUGACAAUCGCCAUCUGGAAUGUAAUUUUUCCAUUUCCGAAACUCUCUACUCGGUCAUUCUGCUGCACAGCUGGCAGUUGGUCGAUCAAUUUCUUGAUUACGACUCCUUCGACACUACGCGCUCUGACUUUUCUCACGCGGCGCGAGAGACUCGAAAGGUGUUGCAGAAUCAGACGGAAGGUUCUGCCUCUGCCAGGGCACCAUAACGCCAUCCACGAAGUGAAUCGACAGCAGUGUACAUGUAGGUGAAUUAGCUGCUUGAUUGACAACGGUAUAACGGAUAUAUGCCCAUAACAGAUCUUCCUAAAUCCCGUCCAUAAUCG